AUGGCGGACUGCGGCAAAAUCCCAUCAAUAUCGGAAUUGCCAGAGGAGAUUAUGCACAAAAUACUGUCUUUCCUCAGAAACAGAGAAGCAAUCCGGGCAGGCAGCUUAUCCAAGGACUGGUACAGAGCAUUUCAGACCCUUCCAAAUUUGGUUUUUGAUCGGAGAGCAAUCGACUUCUACGAGGAGCUAACAGGUUCAGGCGGCGAGCGGGUGAUCAAAAGGCUCCGAAGCGAACUCAAUUACGUUAUCUCUACUCUGCAAAGGUACUACCUUGGUCCCAAUAUUGUUCUAAACACUUUCAAAUUGGAAUUGGAUUGGUCCGAAUUGGAUUGGUCUAAAUUGGAUUGGUGGGAUGAUAAUUGCAUCUAUGAAUGCAUCAUAAUUGCUGCGGAAAAAGGUGUGAGAAAUCUACAUUUUUCCAAUGGAGGAGUAAGUUUAUUCGAUUUGCCUGUGAAAGUUUUAGAAGCCAGCACCCUAGUUGAAUUGAGUCUAGGGCGUUGCCGUUUGAAGUAUCAUGAGACAUUAAUGUGGCCAAAUCUCAAACGUCUGUGUCUGGACAAAGUUGAAUUAGAUCAGCUGAUGUUAGAUAACAUACUUAGGAGCUGCCCUUUGAUUGAAACUGUGGACAUCUGUUUGUGCUCAAUUUCAAACAAGCCUUUACUUCCAGAUCAGACAACUGGGAUGGAAGCAACGCCUGAUCCUGAAUUUUGUUCAGGGUUUCAUUUGCCCGUAUCUCAAUGCCAAAGUCUGAGGAGUUUAUCAAUUUCUCUUAUGGAGAUUGAUGACAAUUUCUUCAUCGAUUUGUCGCAUAAAUUCCCGCAUCUUGAACAUCUGUCAGUCGAACAAUGUCAGACCUUGCGAACAUUCAGAAUUUCAAGUGGCUCCCUAAAGAAACUAAAGCUGGCAUAUAUUCUUUUAUCAGAGGUACAAUUUGAUUUGCCUAGCCUCGUUCUCUUUGAAUUUGAAGGGUUUCGCAUCCCGUGGAUUUCAUUUACAGCAGCCUCUGGUAGAUGGACUUCUCGCCUCACCAUUUGUUGCGACGGAAUCAUAGACAUUUCAUGGUUUUUGAAAUUGAAGGAAUUCCUCAAAAGCCAGCAUAGGUCCGAACUUCGUGUUACUGUUUACUUUGAAGAUAAUGUAGCUUUCAAAUUGGAUGAAGUGUCAACAGAUGUCGAAGUUGAAGAGAUUGCAGAAUUUUGUAUCCUGAGUUGGGCAAAACUCCAGCCCGCAGAUUAUGGAGCAUUAGCUCAUAAAAUCAUGGAUGGCAUCUUUUGGACUUGUCAUCCUCGUGUGAUAACAACGGAAUGGUAUGAGUAUCGGCUUGGAUAUACAGAGUCAAUCUACAAGAUGCUAGUGUUGGAAAAUAAACCAUGUCAUUUCUGUUCAUCAAAAGGUAAUUUUUGGCGGAGCAGGUGUGAAAGUAUUAAGAUAUUCGAUUACGAACUGGGACUGUGUAUGCUGCUGGACGAAACUUUAGACUGGAAUGGAUUUUCAGAGGUAUUAAAAGCUCAAGAUUGUGCAAAAGUCACCGUUAGCUUCAACUUGGAGUGGAGAACUUGUGAACUCCCUGAAAUGCUCCAGAGUGAACUCUGA